UUUGGCGCCAGAAUAAACAUUUCAAUUUUUGUAAAUUCCUAUUUUGCUGUUUUCUUUUAUUUAAUACAAUUUAAUAAACAAAUAACAUGGAUUUUACCCGCAAAAGUCGUCAACGCAUCGAAAGAAAACCUCAAAUAGAUGAUCUUGAAAUCCGCUAUCCAUGUAAUGUUCUUCUAUAUAAAAAUCCUCCAACAGAAGAUAUAAAAAUUCAAGAAUUCGAAGAACUAGCUCUGGAACGUUUGAAAGUCCUACGAAUAUUUGAUGCAGCUAAUUUAAAAGCCCUACGAUUCCUAUCUGAUGAUUGGAAAGAGUAUGUCAAUGCUGAAUUAAAUAGAGAAUCUCUCAAAGGAUAUCUUCGUUUAUUCACUGGAACAUCAUCAACGGGUACCAAAAAGGAAUUAGAUUUACAAGCUCGCCGGCGAGAUUAUAUAUCUCAUUUUAUUUUACGACUGGUUUAUUGUCGAACACAAGAUUUACAAAGAUGGUUCUUGAGAUGCGAAAUGGAAGUCUUUAAAUACAAAUUUAGCCAACUUGGAAGCAAUGAAAUCAAACAAUUUCUAGAAAUAUCAAACCUUCAAUAUACACCCCUCACCGAAGAUCAAAAAGAUGAGGUCAAAGAUGGCCUAUACGAAAGUACCAUGGGUCAAAGUGUGACCAAAGUCGAAAUGCUUGAAUUCUAUAAAGUUCAAUUCAUAGAGGUCUUAGAUUUGAUUAAGUCCCGCCGAUGUUAUCUCAAAGGUGGCUUUGCCUAUGUCAAUACUCAUGAUUUUGUUUCAAUUAUUGCUGUGAAACAGCAAGACGAAAUAGAAUCUGGACUCGCAGCGGCGAGUAAACUAAUUGGCGAUCUUGAGAAUGAUGAAAGAUUGUUGCAUCUUCUUAAAUCUUUACACACAACUUAUACGGGCAAAGAUUAUGCUCUUUCAAAUAGUUCAGCAGUGCCAAUAGAAGCACUCGAUCAAUUGUCGAAAAAAUCAUUCCCCCUUUGUAUGAGGGUGGCCCAUGAACAUCUUCGAACAAACCAUCACCACAAACAUGCUGGUAGAAUGCAAUUUGGUUUAUUUCUCAAGGGAAUCGGGGUCACACUGGAAGAUUCCUUACGUUUUUGGCGAGAAGAAUUCACCAAAAAAAUGGAUGCAGAAAAAUUCGAAAAGAGUUAUGCCUAUUCGAUUCGCCAUAACUAUGGAAAAGUUGGUUCCAUGGUUAACUACACGCCAUAUUCGUGUAUGAAAAUUAUUCAAGAAAAAACUGGUGGACCAGGUGAAUGCCAUGGAUGUCCAUAUAAGAUUUAUGAUCCAUCAGCAUUGAAAAUGAAACUGACUGGUUAUGGUGUGGGGGCGGCUCAUGUUCAAGAUAUAAUGAGUUAUGUGACCAAGGGUCACUAUCAGUUGGCUUGUGGUAAAUAUUUCCAAAUAACCCACGAUUCAAAAAUCGAAGUUGGAAUCACCCAUCCGAAUCAGUAUUUCGAAGAGAGUCAGAAGUUGAUGGGUAACCGUGAAGGAGGAUCUACGAAUGCGUUGCCGGCUAAGAAAGUCUUUAAACGGAAGAAGGAAGAGAAGUUCGCCGAUGCAGACGAUGAUGAGUUAUGGUCAAUUGCAGAGACGCAAGAAACUGAGUAUAGUACGCAGCAGGAGAAGACUGCAUGGGAUGAUGAUCUAGAUCUAACACAAAUUGAUAAUAUUUAGAAAUUUUUAAUUUAAAAACCAUUUUUCUUUUAUUUGUUUACCGUUAAAUAUAAGUUACAG